AUGGCCUCGAGAGAUCACAAUGGCUUGACCCGACAACUUCUGGAUGAGUUGUUCUUUUUAUUUGUUGAAAUUGCUAUAUCUGGAUCUAUGGACACGGAGGAUUUUUCAAAUUACCAAAGUCAUGCUCAGCAACAAACACCAAAGUUCAUGGUGGUUGACAUUGCUAUAUCUGGAUCUAUGGACAGGGAGGAUUUUUCAAAUUACCAAAGUCUUGCUCAGCAGCAAACACCAAAGUUCGUGGUGGUUGCUUGUGCUAACUCCAGGGUCUGCCCUACGGCUGUUUUGGGGUUUCAGCCUGGGGAAGCAUUUACAGUUCGUAAUGUGGCAAAUUUGGUUUGUUUUUAA